AGCAUCUAAAUUAUCAAAAGCCAACUUUGGUACCUAAGGCUACUAAAAAUUGAAGGCACACUAGCGUGACAUUAGGGUACCUUUUAAAAAAAGUUGAAAUUAUAUAAGUAGUUGUAUCAAUCAAAUAUGAUGUGCUAGCACUGCAGAUAGCUACUCAACACAAAUUAGUAACCCAUCGUGCUCAUGCAUUUUACAACUUAGCUUCUCUCUUAGUUUUCUCACACAUCACUUUCUUUAUUUCUUUCUCCUCUUUUUUCACUCUCUCCUAGCUUAAACUCAAUUAUAAACACACACACUUCUUUAGAUGCUAUCAUACUUCAACUUUGCUUCCACAGACUAACGCUUAUAAGUUCAAAAACUGUGUUUUAAGUUUUGAAUUCUAUGGAAAUAGUUUCAGAUUCUUCUUCUCCAUCAAAGACAAAAGACAUCGAUGGCCUCCUCGCCAAUGUCGGCUACAAAGUCCGAUCAUCUGAGCUACAUCAAGUAGCUCAGAAUCUCGAACGAUUAGAAAGUGCGAUCGUGAACUCAUCCAGCGACAUUUCUCAAUUCGCUUCGGAUACGGUCCACUAUGAUCCCUCCGACAUUGGCAAUUGGGUGGACAAUCUCCUCUCCGAAUUUGACCACACGGCCUCUUUACCCUACGAUUUCUCUCAACUUCCAGAUCUCUCAGCACCGCCGCCACAACACCACCACCACCAAUCUUCUUCGACAGUUAAUAAUGUCGAAGAAGAUUCUGCAAUAAAACUUGUCCACAUGCUGAUGACCUGUGCAGAUUCCGUGCAACGUGGUAAUCUUUCAUUGGCUGGCUCGCUAAUCGAAGGCAUGCAAGGGUUGUUGGCAAACAUGAACACAAACUCCGGCAUCGGAAAAGUCGCCGGAUACUUCAUCGACGCUUUGAACCGUCGCAUCUUCGGUCAAAACAAUGUUAGCCACCAAGUUUCUCUUUACGAGAACGAUGUUCUUUACCAUCACUACUACGAAGCUUGUCCAUACCUCAAAUUCGCACAUUUCACCGCAAAUCAAGCUAUACUCGAAGCUUUCAACGGCCACGAUUGUGUCCACGUCAUUGAUUUCAACCUCAUGCAUGGUCUUCAAUGGCCAGCGUUAAUUCAAGCUCUUGCUCUUCGUCCUGGCGGACCUCCGUUUCUCCGGCUUACCGGCAUUGGUCCGCCGUCGCCGGAUGACCGUGACAACCUCCGUGAAAUCGGCCUCCGUCUCGCUGAACUUGCACGCUCCGUUAACGUUAGAUUCGCCUUUCGCGGCGUUGCUGCGUGGCGGCUUGAAGAUGUGAAGCCAUGGAUGCUUCAGGUGAGUUCUAAAGAAGCUGUGGCGGUUAAUUCUAUUUUUCAGCUUCAUCGUCUUCUCGGAUCUGAAUCCGACUCGAAUUAUCAUUCGGGUAUUGAAAUGGUUUUGGGUUGGAUCCGGAGUUUGAAUCCGAAAAUCGUUACAGUUGUUGAACAAGAAGCGAACCAUAACGAGAACGGGUUUAUGGAACGGUUCACGGAGGCAUUGCAUUAUUACUCGACCGUUUUUGACUCGCUUGAAGCGUGUCCGGUUGAACCAGAUAAAGCUAUGGCCGAGAUGUAUUUACAAAGAGAGAUAUGCAACGUGGUGUGCUGCGAAGGACCUGCUCGAGUUGAGAGACAUGAACCGUUGGUUAAGUGGAAGGAGCGGCUUGGUAAAGCCGGGUUCAGACCGUUGCAUUUGGGUUCGAAUGCUUUUAAGCAAGCGAGUAUGUUGUUGACUCUGUUUUCAGCGGAGGGUUAUUGCGUGGAAGAGAAUCAAGGUAGCUUGACUUUGGGUUGGCAUAGCCGGCCUUUGAUUGCGGCUUCGGCUUGGCAAGCUGUGCCUUUGUUAGAUGCUGAAACACUGCGUUUUGAUUGUUGAAGAAUGGAGAACUUGGUUAACUAGCAAAUAUGAACAAAACAAGCAUUGUAGCUCACUUAGCAUACUGUAUAUUUCUCCUUCUUUUAGUAGUAUUUUUGUACCCUUAAUCAUUUUGCGUGCUCAAUAUCUCUGACUUGUUCUUCUUAUUAUGUAGCCAUAGAUAGAUUUUUGAGGGGUUUGCUUGUCACAAAUUGCUAAUUUUCUCAUAUUUGUAAUAUGCCAUGGUUCUAAAUUGAGGUGGAGGAUAAAUAAUUCA